CGUCUUACAAACCUGCCGAUUCCUCGACCUUUAAAAACGACUCGGACCCUUUUAGCAUAACAUACGGAUCCGGUGCCGUGAAAGGCUACUUGGCUCAAGACGCCAUGCAGCUUGCUGGCCAGAGCACUGCUGCUCAGACGUUCGCACUCGCCACUGCAGUCACCCGUGGACUUUUGAAUCAAGCGAUUGAUGGCAUUGCAGGGCUAGGCUUCAAGGCCCUCUCGACUGCAAAAGCGACACCAUUGUGGCAAAAUGUGGGGCUUUCGCAAGCAGAUGAGAUGUUCUCCUUCUUUCUGCAAAGGGAGAUCGACUCUGGCAACCCCGAAAACACGCAGUACGGGGGCGUUUUCACGCUUGGAGGCACCAAUUCGUCGUUGUAUCAAGGUGACAUGAAUUGGUCAGAAGUCAUCGAUGAGUCCUACUGGCUGAUCACCUUGGGAGGCAUAACGCUGCAAAACAAUACGGUGUCCAUUGGCAACACUGUCAAUGCUGCCAUCGAUACCGGCACCACGCUGAUUGGUGGACCGUCCAGCGUGAUUGCCGACUUGUACUCUCAAAUUCCCGGCUCAUCGCCCAGCACGGAGUCAGAGGGCUACUACAACUACCCUUGUGCCACCAACGUGUCGGCAAGCGUCACCUUCGGCAACCAAGCCUACGUCUUGUCGCCUUCGGACUUUUUGGCAGGCGCAACGGACAGGACGGGCGAGACGUGCUUGGGCGCAUUCUUCAGUGUUGGCUCCGAUCAGACAAAGACGCUGCAAUGGAUCGUCGGCGCCGCAUUCCUCAAGAGCGUCUACAGCGUGUUCGAUUACAAUUCUGGCAAACCUAGAGUCGGCUUUGCUGCGCUUGCAGACGGUCUCAAUGGAGGCACCGAAAGUUCCACCGUAGCCCAGACCCAAACGGCCAAAGUGGGAGGUGGAAAUGGCGCAACAUCAUCUUUGCAUCGCGUUCCGCUUCAGACGCUCCUGGCCACAUUGACGGCGACGUUUUGCGUGUUUGCCGUGUGGCUGUGAUGCGCCGCCCCCUACACGUCCUGGAUGUCGUCGACACCCGCUUCGGAUCAGAUGCGCCAACGUCCACUAUAUAGCUAGCUCCCCUUUAGCGAUCCGCGCUGUACAUGUUCAUAAUCUCUGCCCCGCCCCGCCCCUCCACAUCACCCCCAUCUGUCCUAGCACACUUCUUCCCCGCGCUCCUUUCAACUCCGACUCGCUCAAGCAUCUGCAUGCUCCCAUUUGGAAACUUUCACUUCCGCAUACAUUCCACUCCAGAGCACGCAUCGCACGCACGCCAUCUUCCAAUUAGCAAUGAAUAAAAUCUAUCCCCCCCCACA